GAUUCGAUACCAUCCCAUCGAUGGUUUCUUGCAGCCCUGCUUUUGCAAAACAGAAAAAUAUUUAACAAUCUUAAUAAUUCCAAACUACGUGCGUUUAAAGACAACUACGAUAUUUCCUCGCACAACCGGUAGAGCACCAUUAAGACUUUCCAAACAACACCCACAGACAUGGACUUCUCAAAGGCACCCAAUUCACGGAAACUGCAACUUUGCCGUACAUACUUCUUUGCUGGAUUUGCUCUUCUACCCUUCGUGUGGGCCAUUAAUGUAUGCUGGUGCUUUGAGGAGGCCUUCCGAAAGCCCCCAUUUCCGGAACAAAGCCAAAUAAAACGAUUUGUCAUAUACUCCGCCGUGGGCACCCUUUUGUGGCUCGUGGCGAUCAUUGCAUGGAUCAUCACAUUCCAGACGAAUCGCACCUCCUGGGGAGCGACCGCGGACUACAUGAGCUUCAUGAUUCCGCUUGGCAGUGCAUGAGAAAAUGGCCUAGACCUUUAGGCAUAAGUAACUUAUGAUAUUAGUAUAAAAGACUUAACCCAAA